AGUAUCACAUGACUCCAGCCUGGAGAGGCACUGAGCAUGGGCGAAGCCAUAUGGCUCGCUGUGCUGUGCACUAAGUGAAACAACAAAGCCAGGAGGGGCAGCCAGCCGACAAGCCUUUUGUUUUCUUCCACUCAGCAUCCUCGGCCCCCCCUUUUUGUCUGCUCCCCUGUGGAGAGAGGCCAGCCAUCCCCAGCCCUGAUCCCUGGCCCAGCAGCACUUCCUCCCCAGCCUGGCAGCCUCCCAGGGCCUUUGUGGCUGCGGAGACUUGACCGAAGGAAUCACCGGCCAGCAGCGUUUGGAGCAGCACCCGAGCCCCCGCUGCACAGCGCUGACGUAACCACGGUGCUGGCUGCCUUUUAGAGGCCAGGGACUCGGUUGCCUGGAAACAGCAGAAGAUACUCUCCAGCCUGGAUCUCAGCCCUGACGUCAAGGCCUGACGCUGCCUGGAUGCCUGGCUCGCUCUUUCCAGGCCGCCUGGUGUCAUGGAGGGGAGAGGCCUAGCCUGACGGAGGAGUGCCCAGGAACCACGAAGCAAAUGGACAUCAAAGGCCAGUACUGGACUGAUGAUGAUUCAGAUGGAGACAAUGAGUCGGAAGAAUUCCUCUAUGGAGUCCAAGGGGACUGCGCGGCGGAUCUGUAUCGACACCCGCAGCUGGAUGCUGACAUUGAGGCGGUGAAGGAGAUCUACAGUGAGAACUCUGUGUCUGUCAGAGAAUAUGGGACCAUUGACGAUGUGGACAUCGACCUCCACGUCAAUAUCAGCUUCCUGGAUGAGGAGGUGUCGACGGCCUGGAAGGUCCUACGGACCGAACCCAUUAUCCUGAGGCUGCGGUUCUCCCUCUCCCAGUACCUGGAUGGACCUGAGCCAUCAAUCGAGGUUUUCCAGCCGUCUAAUAAGGAGGGGUUCGGAUUGGGUCUUCAGCUGAAAAAGAUCCUGGGAAUGUUCACGUCCCAGCAAUGGAAACACCUCAGCAACGAUUUCCUGAAGACCCAGCAGGAGAAGCGGCACAGCUGGUUCAAGUCGAGUGGCACGAUCAAGAAAUUCCGAGCGGGCCUCAGCAUCUUCUCUCCCAUUCCCAAGUCUCCCAGCUUCCCCAUCAUCCAGGACUCCAUGCUGAAGGGCAAGCUGGGGGUGCCAGAGCUCCGCGUCAAUCGCCUUAUGAACCGUUCCAUCUCCUGCACCAUGAAGAACCCUAAGGUGGAGGUGUUCGGCUACCCCCCCAGCACCCAGGCAGGUGUCGCCCCAUUCAACAUCCUGGUCGGCGGCCAUUGCAAGAACAUCCCCACACUGGAAUAUGGAUUUCUCGUCCAGAUAGUGAAGUAUGCAGAGCAGCGGAUCCCCACCCUGAAUGAGUACUGCGUGGUGUGCGACGAGCAGCACGUCUUCCAGAACGGAUCCAUGCUCAAGCCGGCUGUGUGCACGCGGGAGCUGUGCGUCUUCUCCUUCUACACCCUGGGGGUGAUGUCUGGCGCAGCGGAGGAGGUGGCCACGGGAGCAGAGGUGGUGGAUCUGCUUGUGGCCAUGUGUCGGGCUGCCCUGGAGUCCCCACGCAAAAGCAUCAUCUUCGAGCCGUAUCCCUCUGUGGUGGACCCCAGCGACCCCAAAACACUUGCCUUUAACCCCAAGAAGAAGAACUAUGAGCGUCUGCAGAAGGCCCUGGACAGCGUGAUGUCAAUCCGGGAAAUGACCCAGGGCUCGUAUCUGGAAAUCAAGAAGCAGAUGGACAAGCUGGACCCUCUGGCACACCCUCUCCUGCAAUGGAUAAUCUCCAGUAACAGAUCUCACAUUGUCAAGCUGCCUCUCAGCAGGCAGCUGAAAUUCAUGCACACCUCACACCAGUUCCUUCUGCUGAGCAGCCCCCCAGCCAAGGAAGCCCGGUUCCGCACAGCCAAGAAACUCUACGGGAGCACCUUCGCUUUUCAUGGAUCUCACAUUGAGAACUGGCAUUCCAUCCUACGCAACGGGCUGGUCAAUGCGUCCUACACCAAACUGCAGCUGCAUGGAGCAGCCUAUGGCAAAGGCAUCUAUCUGAGCCCCAUCUCCAGUAUUUCCUUUGGAUACUCAGGGAUGGGGAAAGGACAGCACAGGAUGCCCUCAAAGGAUGAGCUCGUCCAGAGAUAUAACCGAAUGAACACCAUCCCUCAGACUCGAUCCAUCCAGUCCCGGUUCCUGCAGAGUCGGAAUCUAAACUGUAUAGCACUUUGUGAAGUGAUCACCUCGAAGGAUCUCCAGCACGGGAACAUCUGGGUGUUGCCCGGUCUCGGACCAGUGUCCUGCACCCGCUUCUUCUUUGUGUACGAAGAUGGACAAGUAGGAGACGCCAAUAUAAACACUCAGGACCCCAAGAUCCAGAAGGAAAUCAUGCGCGUGAUUGGAACUCAGGUCUACACAAACUGAGGGGCACCUGCGGAGCCCACACUAUUCACACGGGGAGCCGCUCCCCCUGGCACAGGCAGAGAGGAGCUGGGUGUCUGAGGCUGCCAAAAGGAGGAAUGAAAACACUGGCUUCAGGAAGGAAACAGAUAGGCGUGGGGGUGGAGUGAGGGCCUCAGCAUCUCCUGGCAGCAGGACUCUGCCGCUUCAAGCCAGCACCACAUCUGGAGGACAAUGGCUCCGUUGCCACAUCUGGGAAGCAGAGGUGCGACUGUGAGUCAGGUUUCCCAGCUUGUUCCCAUGCUGUCCUGUGCCUAGAUGUAUAGCAGAGAGCGUGGCCAGGGCGGGCUGUUGAUAUUUUCCCAUUCCCCCCCCGCCCUGAUCACCCUAUAUCCGAGCACUGAGCAGGAGCCUUGGGCACGUCCUGCCUCAUGUGCCUGCCCUGGACCUGGGCCUUGCCCCUGGGCACAUGGCCGUUCUCAAGUUUACAGCAAUGACAUUUUUAACAACAAUAAAAACAAAGCAAAAAAAAAUGAUUUUAGCUUAUUAAAGUUCUUAAAAAACUGUCCC